UACUUACGCUUUCAGCAGCUGUCGUGUCUCCCAGGCUGUCUCGCCAUCAGCGUCAUUCAGUCCAUGGGAGCGGUACUCCGGAUGUCUCCCGUCGCUCGCCGUCCUCAUAUACGUUAAUCUGCUGGACGAUCCGCUGUGCAUAGCGCCGUGCUCUCCUCUUCCCCGCAAUCCAGCCACCACUGCCAACAUGGCCGUCGCAUCGUUCCCCAUCGACAAGGCCUACCUGAUCGGAGGCUGGCUGGAGUCCUUCAUGUGGGGGGUGUACACCACCAUGUUCGCGAUGACCAUGUACACCAUCUACCAGAAGCGGCGAGAAGGUGUGAAUAGGUUCACCACCGUCGCGCUCCUCUUGCUUUAUGUUCUCGCCACCGGUCACGUAUCGCUCGCACUUGUCCGCUUGAUUCAGGGAUUCAUCCUAUACCGCGACAUCCUGGACCCAAUUCUCUACUUCGCGAACAUUUCGGUCCGUCUCAACAUGGCGAAGGACUACCUGUACAUUACCAACCUGUUCUUGGGAGAUCUCGUCAUUGUGUGGCGAUUGUAUGUAGUAUGGGGAAACAAUUUCUACAUUGCCUUCAUUCCAUUCCUUAUGUGUAUCGGCGAACUCGGGGUCGGGUACAGUUCCAUCUCCCAGUGGCUCGCGCCCACGCAGAACUUCACUGUCAUGAGCCGUCUGGGCUCCGCACAAUUCAUCAUCUCCCUCGUCGUCAACAUCCUCGUCACCAUGAUUAUCGCUGGGCGCAUCUGGUUCGUAUCGCGGCGCACGCGCAAGGCCCUCGGCGUCGCUGGCGGGAACUACACCCGCGUGCUGCUCCUGAUCAUCGAGUCCGGCGCGCUCGUCGCCGCCGCGAAGCUCACCGAGUUCACGCUGUACGAGCUCGCGCCCGUGAACGGGCUCGACGGCCUGAACGCGAUGUACAUCGUGUACGAGUGCAUGCCGCAGAUCACGGGGCUCGCGCCGACGUGCAUCAUCUACGCGGUCAACAAGGGCUUCACGCAGCAGGACAGCGCGUACUCGAGCCGCGGCCAGAAGACGACGCUGAUGUUCAACUCGCCCGUGGACUCGGACCCAACCGCGCACACGAGCACGACGCUCUCCACCGCCGUGUUCGCGCCGAGUGGGUUGCAGGGCGGCGCGGCGCACGCGAAGCAGUACAGCGCGGAGAAGGACCCGCUGGAAAGGCUGAACAGCUCGUCGACGUCGGUAGUGUGAUUCCCGCUGAUACCUCUCUUUUCGACGGCCGAUGGGUCAACUAUCAUGUAUAUAUUAUUGCACUGUGUGCGGUGGACUACGGGCGGAGGUGUCGUGUUCGUGCAUUGUAAAUAUUAUCCGAGGCCAUGAGUAAUCCAAGGCGUCUCC